GUGUGAAAACUUCUUUGGGCCUCAUAAACAACCACAGAACCACAAGUUGGGUAGCCUGGCAGUGUCAGAAGUCUGAGCCCGGCAUAGUGGUCAGCACGCAGGACGAAUCACACUGACUGCAAACCACAGGGUUUCGCAGAGCGCUGAACAUCACCAACCCACAGCCAAGACGCCGCUUUUUUUUUUUUUUUAAUCUUUAACAAUUUGAAUAUUUAUCUUCGCAAAGGUAAAAGAAAUCAUUGAACCCCCCGCCUUCAGAAGAGGGUGCCUUUUCAGGAGGAAGCGAUGGCUUCAGACAGCAUAUUUGAGUCAUUUCCUUCAUACCCACAGUGCUUCAUGAGAGAUGCCAGCACGAGCCGCCGCUUCACGCCGCCUUCCACCGCGCUGAGCCCGGGCAAGAUGAGCGAGGCGCUGCCGCUGGGCGCCCCGGACGCCGGCGCCGCCCUGGCCGGCAAGCUGAGGAGCGGCGACCGCAGCAUGGUGGAGGUGCUGGCCGACCACCCGGGCGAGCUGGUGCGCACCGACAGCCCCAACUUCCUCUGCUCUGUGCUGCCCACGCACUGGCGCUGCAACAAGACCCUGCCCAUCGCUUUCAAGGUGGUGGCUCUGGGGGACGUUCCAGAUGGCACUCUGGUCACUGUGAUGGCAGGCAAUGAUGAAAACUACUCAGCCGAACUGAGAAAUGCAACAGCAGCCAUGAAAAACCAAGUUGCAAGAUUCAAUGACCUCAGGUUUGUCGGUCGGAGUGGAAGAGGGAAGAGCUUCACGUUGACCAUCACCGUCUUCACAAACCCACCGCAAGUUGCCACCUACCACAGAGCCAUCAAAAUCACAGUGGACGGACCCCGAGAACCUCGAAGACAUCGUCAGAAACUAGAUGAUCAGACCAAGCCCGGGAGCUUGUCCUUUUCCGAGCGGCUCAGUGAGUUGGAGCAGCUGCGGCGCACGGCCAUGAGGGUCAGCCCACACCACCCAGCCCCCACACCCAACCCUCGGGCCUCCUUGAACCACUCCACUGCCUUUAACCCUCAGCCUCAGAGUCAGAUGCAGGAUACCAGGCAGAUCCAGCCAUCCCCUCCGUGGUCCUAUGAUCAGUCCUACCAGUACCUGGGGUCUAUCGCCUCUCCCUCUGUACACCCGGCAACACCCAUCUCGCCUGGACGCGCCAGCGGCAUGACAACCCUCUCUGCAGAGCUUUCCAGUCGACUCUCAACCGCGUCCGACCUGACGGCCUUCGGCGACCCGCGCCAAUUCCCCGCGCUGCCCUCCAUCUCAGACCCACGCAUGCACUACCCCGGCGCCUUCACCUACUCCCCGACGCCCGUCACGUCGGGCAUCGGCAUCGGCAUGUCGGCCAUGAGCUCGGCCACGCGCUACCACACGUACCUGCCGCCGCCCUACCCCGGCUCGUCGCAGGCGCAGGGCGGCCCAUUCCAGGCCAGCUCGCCGUCCUACCACCUGUACUACGGCGCGUCGGCCGGCUCCUACCAGUUCUCCAUGGUGGGCGGCGAGCGCUCGCCGCCGCGCAUCCUUCCGCCCUGCACCAACGCCUCCACCGGCUCAGCGCUGCUCAACCCCAGCCUCCCGAACCAGAGCGACGUAGUGGAGGCCGAGGGCAGCCACAGCAACUCCCCCACCAACAUGGCGCCCGCCGCGCGACUCGAGGAGGCCGUGUGGCGGCCCUACUGAGGCUGCGCAUGCGCCCGCCGGCUGCUCGAUCGCCUGGCCCGGGGGCAGGACGUCGACCCGGAAGCGCCUCCUUCCGGACCCGGCGUGUGCUCUAGAGGGGCCCGCGUGGGUCCGACCGCCGGCGGGCCUGGAGCGCGCGCCCCCGUGAACUGUGAUCCGCGCUCUGGCUCCGGGCCGCGGCCUCGGGCCGCCUGCGCUUCUCAAGUCGUGCGGCUUCGCGCAGCCGCUGUGGGCCCAUCUCAGAUCUGUCAAACCUGGCGCAACUUGAGAGUGUCCGCCUCACCACCACGUGGACACGCUGUAAGGCAAACAGGAAGAUUCCCAGAGGGAAACUGUGAAUGCUUCUGAUUUAGCAAUGCUGUGAAUAAAAGAAAGAUUUUAUACCCUUGACUUCACUUUUUAACCAAGUUGUUUAUUCCAAAGAGUAUGGAAUUUUUGUGGGGUUUUUUUUGAGGGGAGGAAUGCAACUCAUCCUGUUUAGCAUCUAAUUCAUAUUUUUAAUUUUAUUUUCCAGCACCUUAUAAAUUGCAAAAUGCGUAUUUGCAUUUGGGGUGGUUUUUAUUUUUUAUAUAUAUAAAUUUAAGCUUGCUUCUUUCUUGCUUUGACAAAUGAAAGAAAUAUGAUUCCUUUUUCUCUAAGUUUUAUUUAACUUUUCUUUUGGACUUUUGUUUUGUUUUGUUUGAGAAACAGCUACAGCUUUGGGUCAUUUUCAACUACUGUAUUCCCACAAGGAGUCCCUAGAUAUUUAUGUAUCUUGGUGUUUAGACACUUACUUAUGUGUUGAUACUUUUUUUAUUAUUUAAAUGUACUUAUAUUAAGAAGAAAAAUAUCAAGUACUACAUUUUUUGUUUUGUUUUUGAUAGUAGCCAAAGUUCAUUGUAUCACAUUGAAGAAGGUUGGGAAAAAAAGGAUGGGUAAUGUGAUCACUCGGUUAUCUAAAUAUUGUUUACAUUAAACUCCCUUUAAUAUUAAUCAAACGAGUUGGUAGCUAAUGCAGCAAUGUUUCAGUAGGCUUUUUAGAUACUGAGGGUCACUCCAAAGAUCUGAAGUAUGGAAUUUUCUGCCAAGCUCAACAAAGGGGCUCAUAUCUGACUCCCUGCCUUCAAAGGAAGUCAGAUCUGGUUCCAGAGGUUUCGGGCAAAUGCCAAUGAUUGCACCUCUGGAGAGGAUUUAUUUUUUGCCUAGGGGUUUGCUCACUCCAUGGCCUGUUGAUAAUGUCAGACAUGCUUUGUAACAGAUGGAAUCCAAAGUUAGCUAUGUGGAGGAGCGGUAUCCACAUGGGAACCGAAUGAAUGAAUUUAGGGGUUCCUUAACUGCUCAGUUCUAGGGUGGGAAGGAGAUCGUCUGAAUCCAGAGUUCAGACGUUUUAUUUCCAAGAAAAUAUUCCUCUUUGAUGCAUUACCUGUGCAUUGAUGCAAAACAAAACUUGUGACUGCCCCCCAAGGCUGGGAGUGGAAAUGACUAGACUGCAUGCCUUUGACAGCUGAAGGUCUCCAACUCAGUUUUCAUAGGGUGGGCCCAGAAGCAGGCCUGAACAAGCCAAAUCCCCUCUGUGUGCCUCAGUGGAGUCACACGGGAGAGCAUCGUCCCACCUGUGCAGGCCCCAUCCCACGCUGCUCGUUCACCGCCUAACUUUGCAUGACUCUCACCAGGCUGAGACCCUACCCUACAGGGUGUGUGCACUUUUACCCGUGCCUCUGCGUGACGGGAAGGGUUCGAGUCAGUGCUGCCUAUGGCUACAAUUCAAACAUAUCCAAUGUCACUGUAAAUUUUAUGGCACUAUUUUUAUUGGAGGAUUUGGUCUGAAUGCAGUUGUUGUAUAGCUCAUAAAUACUAACUGCUGAUUGUGACAUGUGUGCUCAAAAUGAUCUGGUUGUUAUUUAAUGUACCUCUUAAAUUAGUUGAAACGAUUUCAGGUCAACUCUAAAGAGUAUUUGAAAGCAGGACUUCAGAACAGUGUUUGAUUUUUAUUUUAUAAAUUUAAGGAUUCAAAUUAGAAAGAUCUUUGGCUGCAGGCAGCAAAACAGCUGGUCUUAUUUAAAACAACUUGUUUUUGAGUUUUCUUAUAUAUAUAUAUAUAUUGAUUAUUUGUUUUACACAGAUGCAGUAGCACUUUGGUAAGAGUUAGAGUAAAGCAAUUUGUGUUGGCAGUCAGGUUGUUCUUACCUAGAAAAGAGCUAAAGCAGAUCUUGGAGAAACUCAGAAUAUAUUUAUUUUCAUUUCAGACAUAAUUCUCUCUCCACAAUUCAAUUUCAUAUUUUAUUCUAUAUUACCUUUUUACAGCAAAAUUACCCUUAAAUGGCACUAAAUUUAAAAUUUUUUUACAUCUGAAUAGGACCAUUAGCCCAUUUACCCCAAAUUGAACUUAAAUGUUCUUUUCAGCAUGUUGUCUUAUCUAACAUGACAAAAUGUUGGUUAAAAAAAAAAUGAAGGGGAAAAAAAUAUGUAUUUUUCAGUUCAAUUCUGGUACCUGAGGCUAUCCGAAGUCAAACUCAGCCAAAUGCCCAAGGGAAAUCAGAUCAUCUCUCACACUGAAUCUUCACUCUCAAAGCGUGUCUGAGGAGGGCUUGUCAUUUUGUUGCAGACCCUAUGGGUUUGGCCAUCCAGAGUUUCGCAGACCCUUACCAGCAUAUACAGUAUUUAAUCUUUCCAAAAAAAAAAAAAAAAAAAGUCAAACCCUGGUAGUUUUGGAGAUAGGUCUCAUACUUAAUGCGUUUUUUUCCUGAGGAAUUCCAUUCUAUUGCCUUCAGGUAAAUUAAGUGGUCCUUUUAUCAAGUACAUCCUUAAGCCAAUAAUGGAAUAACUGGAUGUAUCUGGGAACAUUGGUCCAGAAGAAGAAAGAUUAAAUAAGCCAUCUCUACUGCUUGUUCAUGCCCUUAUUUAUAAUUUCAACAUAGAUACAGAUUUCAGUUAUUUUCUCUAAAAAUACUUAAUUUCUCUUCCUCUCUGAUCCCUAAUAUCUCCCUCUUUCUCUCUUCCCCUUCCUCCUCCAAAGCUCACCUCUCCCCUCCUCCAUUCUCCAGCUUUGUGUAAGGAGACAGCACACCCCACCCCCACCCCAACACCAGGCAAGGAACAGGAGGAGCUGCACUGUUCCUCCCUUUACAUAAAGGAACUUAGUGAGUCAGCCUUUCUCCCGCGUAUGGGUUUCUUCCUGCAGAACUUUGCCAGCCAUUUUGGAUCUGCUUGCUUUCCAAGUGCAGCAAUAGAAGUCUUCCUGGGCAAAUUAUAAUCAGUGAGUUAACAGACAGCCCUUCUGCUACCUAGGAUUUCUAGGCAGAUAAACAGAAAUGCUCUGAUUAGAAAGGAAAUGAAUGGUUUUGCUCAAAUGUCCUGCAAUUUAGGAUUGCAGAUUUCUGUCUUGAAAUACCUGUUUCCUUGGGACAUUCCGUCCUGGUGAGUUUUAUUUUUGGAGGUUUUUGUUUUCUGAGGGGGAUGACAUGUUUGGGGUCUUUUAUUGGUUUAACAAUAAUCUCAGAAAACAUUUUUUACAUCUGAACAAAAUGCCUUUUUGUUUACUUGCAGUAUACAGUUUUUUGGGGUUUUCUGUUUGUCUGUUUGUUUGUUUGGAGUUUUCCCCUCCCUUUUAGCCAGAUCAGUAUUGAUGAGGCUGAUCAUUUGGCAUUUUUUUUUUCUUCCAGAAGAGUUGCAUCAACAAAGUUAAUUGUAUUUAUGUAUGUAAAUAGAUUUUAAGCUUCAUUAUAAAAUAUUGUUAAUACCUGUAAUAAUUUUUUUCAAUUUUUUUGUGUGUUUCUAAGGACUUUUUCUUAUGUUUGCUAAAUACCAUAGACAAAAAAUGCUUCUUUCUACUCUGUUUAUUUUAGACUUAAAAAUGAGCUACUUUUUAUUCACUUUUGUAAAGAGCUAAUAGCAUGGUUCCAAUUUUUUUUAAGGAAGUUCACUUUUUGUUCUGGGGAAAUGAGUAUGCAAAAAAUAAAGAACUGUUGGUUAUUUGUGCUAUUCUGGAUGUAUAAAAAUUAAUGGAAAAAAAACCAAUAAACUUCCAAAUUGAAAUGACAGUAUAACACAUCUAUUGAAAAGUAACCACGGGAAAUGCCGUCCUGCUUGGCUAGGCCCCACCUCAUUUCUGUUUGUGUAGCAGUUACUGCACCUGUUCACAAAGCAUCCUGGAAGUUUGUGUGUGGUUUCUUUCUCCCUGGUACUGACAGCCAUAGAGAACACUUUCUGCAAGGAAACUGUCAAUGUCAAGUUUUAAACCAGAUACAUUAUGAGAGAACACCCAAGAAGCCCCUCUCCAAGGUGUUUCUAGCUAGCACAGGAGAGCAGACACCCAUCGUGCAUGGUCCGCUGCACAUAGCCGGCGUGGCCGCCCCCCGCCGGGAGCACCUGCCGGGAGCGCCCACUGCGCCCAGCCUGUGCAGGGCAGCUGGACUGCUGCUGCCCAGGAACCAUUGGAGCCUUACUUUCUUUGUACCACAGUUUCUUCUGUAAAUCCAAUAUUAUAAGUAGCGAAUGGCAAAUAAACAGUUUGGCAAGUA